UUAUACCGAACAUGCGAAGCAAUUUCAGCCUCAGCCACUUCAGCGUCCUCAGAUGAUGAGGACCCUUUAACUGUUGUUAAGGAGAAACGAUUGAAUAGACUAAAAAGAAUAUUGCCUCAAUCUUCUGAUAAAUUGGGAAGUUGUGUUGAUAAAUUACUUUCUCAUCUUCCUGAACGAUGGCGAAAUUGGGUUGUACGAGGGAUUUUAUCGGUUAGUUUCUAAUAAUUAAAAUUUUUCCUCUUUUCUUGUAGUUGUCACAGUAGAUAGGAAAUCUGAAAAAACCUUGACCAGAGUUUUAAAUCCAUAGUUAAGGCUUUUUCACGCCUUCCUUUUAGAUUCAGAUCAUUCUUGGCAAGCACCAAGCAGGAGAUAUUUCCCUUCUGGCCCAAUAGCCAAGAAUCUGGCUAUUGCCUGAUACUUGGCUCAGGUCAGGGCAGUUUGAGAGAGUUUAUCAGACUUCAGAAUCCACAUAUUUCUUUCUGAAACUUUUUAGAGGAAUUUUCUCUUUAAAGCCUCUUUAGAGGAAUUUUCUCUUUAAAGCCUUUUUUCAAGAUUAAAAUUUCAACUUUUUUAAUUUUUUUCAGCUUGUAAUGAUUGGAAUGUUUUAUUUUAUUGUCAAAAGAGGAGUUACUUGUCUCAUGGCAUUGGUUUUCCUUUUACAAUUAAAAUGUUUCUCAGAAAUUAUCAAUAUUGGAUUAGCCGUUUACAGACUUUAUGAUUUGCCGUGGUUUAGAGCACUUUCGUGGUAUUUUUUGUUGACUAGCGAUUAUUUCUUUUUUGGAGAAAGUCUAAUUGAUUAUUGGGGACUUGUAUUACUCAAAGAUAGAUUUCUUUUUGCAUUAAUUGUUCAUCAUCGACUAAUAAGUUUUGUUUUGUAUUGCUUUGGAUUUAUUUGGUUUGUUCUCUCGUUACAAAAAGGAUUUUAUUUGAGACAAUUUUCAUUGUUUGCUUGGACGCAUGUUACUUUAUUAAUAAUUGUUAGCCAGUCAUUUUUAAUAAUCCAAAAUUUGUUUCAAGGAUUAAUUUGGUUCCUAGUCCCCGUCUCAAUGAUUAUUUGCUGUGAUAUAAUGAGUUAUAUGUUUGGAUUUUUCUUUGGCAAAACUCCAUUAAUCAAAAUUUCACCAAAGAAAACUUGGGAAGGAUUUAUUGGUGGUGCUUUUAGUACAAUACUUUUUGGACUUGUGCUUUCCCACUUUAUGAUGGAAAAUCCAUUGUUUGUCUGCCCAGUAGAGUCUUACUAUCAAGACAAUUUAAAUUGCACAAUUCCACUAUCAUUUCAAUACAGAGAAUUCGAAGCUCCUCGUCCCUUCUCUUUUCUGUUUCGAAUAUUUCGUCAACAACCAAUUGUUAGAUUUAAACCUUUUCUUUUCCAUUCGGUGGUAAUGGCUCUUUUUGCUUCCUUAAUUGGACCAUUUGGAGGAUUUUUUGCUAGUGGAUUUAAAAGGGCUUUUAAAAUAAAGGAUUUUGGCGACAUAAUCCCCGGUCAUGGCGGUUUAAUGGACAGAUUUGAUUGCCAAUUACUUAUGGGAACAUUUGUGAAUGUUUAUAUAUCUUCUUUUAUUAGAUCCCCAAACCCUCACAAAAUUGUCCAACAAAUUUUGUGGCUAACAAAUGAUGAACAAUUGGCAGUUUAUAAUUCCCUACAAGAGCAGCUAAUAUCAAGUGGACUAAUUCCUCCAAGUUAAAUAAAUUUUUUGUUUAAAUAAAUUGGGUAGCACCCCGAGCCUUCGGGGGUUUGGGCCGGGGUUUUUGCCAAAAAAAUUCGUCUGGGGACGGGUCGGUGUUUUGCCCGCAUGGGGCCUUCGCGGAUCGGAUCAGGGUUUUUGUCAAAAAAAUUCGUCGAGGGACAGGGUGCUACCCUAUUUAUAAAAAUAUUUAACCAAGUCGCAAAUGAUCCUCCUCUCUUUGUAAAAAAUUUUUUUAAAAGUAAUCUAAUUAAUUUUUGAAGUCCCGUGAAUACUAAAAAUAUUUU